CCUCCUUAGAAGAUUCUUCUAACUUAACUUCAAAAAAAAUGCUCGAGAAAAAACAACCAUGUUUCAUCCAUUAAGACCCUAAAAAAACCCUCCACAUUUGAACCCUAACAAACUUGAAUUUUUCCACAGAAGAAAUGGAAUUCUUCUCUGCAUAUGAUCCAUGAAAAUCAUAAUCUCCUAAUGGUAAAGGAGAUGAAAACCCUAAUUUGAAAAACCUGACAUUUUUCUCUGAACCCAUGACAUCUGAACCAGAGAAUUCUCAAUACAAUGAGCCCUCCAAUAACAGAGACUGGUUCUUCCCUUCUUCCUCUUUCUUUCACUCUAACCCUAAUCAGUCGUUCAAAACCCUAAACCCUAGCUCUUCUUCGAGAAAGGCCUACUCAAACAAAACCCUAACUGGAUCGAAUUAUGCACAGAACAGGUCUCAGAGGACUGUAACGAGGCCCUAUUAUGAGAGGAAAAGCUUUUCCUCUUUUGAACCGUCGAUUCCUCGAUCUGAUGGAAGAAAAAAGGCAGAAUUUUACACUCACCGGCGUGAAACUGCAAAACCGGCUCUUUCUUCGAGAGAAAAGCAGAAAUUGCCGCCGGAAAAACCAGUUGCGUCGAUGGAAAACCGGAAAUCGUCUAUGGAGUCGUUCAAAGGGCGGAUUUGGACGGUGGCUUUUCCGGUUCUCAUUUCAUGUUUAUGUACCCUUCUACACAACAAAUUUUCCUUACGCGAUCAAGUGAAAAAUUUACAGGAUCAAAUCCACAUGCUCAAUGCGAAACUUCAAGCAUGCGAUAUAUCAACAUUCGUUAGCCUCGAUGAGGGAAACCCACCAGAAAAUGCCCUUAUAUUGGAGAGAAGUUUUAAGUUUUUUUCUCUAGUUGUGGCAUUUGGGUUUUUGUUGAUCAUUUUUAUUUUUGCCAAGUAUGUGGAUUGCCUUCCAAGAUCAAGAAGAUCAAAUGACAAUAAUAAAACUUUGGAGGAAGUUUCUUUAAGCAAGCAGCUAGCUUAUCAUAUUGAUGUCGCCUUAUCAGUUCAUCCAUAUGCUAAGCCUCUGGCCCUUUUAGUUGCCACAUUAUUGCUUAUUUGCCUUGGUGGGUUGGCUCUUUUUGGUGUAACUGAUGACAAUUUAUGGGAUUGCUUAUGGCUGUCUUGGACAUAUGUAGCAGACUCUGGAAACCAUACAAGUUCUGUUGGGUUUGGCCCAAAGUUUGUAUCGAUCUCCAUAAGCUUUGGUGGAAUGCUUAUAUUUGCCAUGAUGCUAGGACUUGUCUCUGAUUCAAUCUCUGAGAAGUUUGAUUCACUAAGGAAGGGUAGAAGUGAAGUGAUUGAGAAGAACCAUACCCUCAUUCUUGGAUGGAGUGACAAGUUGGGCUCAUUGUUAAAUCAGCUUGCUAUAGCAAAUGAGAGCCUUGGUGGAGGCAUGGUAGUAGUCUUGGCAGAACGUGACAAAGAAGAAAUGGAGCUUGAUAUUGCUAAAAUGGAAUUUGAUUUCAAGGGGACAUCUGUCAUUUGCAGAAGUGGAAGCCCCUUGAUUAUUGCUGACUUGAAAAAGGUAUCGGUUUCUAAAGCUCGAGCUAUUGUUGUACUUGCUGAAGAUGGGAAUGCAGACCAGUCCGACGCACGAGCUCUGAGAACAGUUUUAAGUUUAACUGGAGUUAAGGACGGUUUGAGAGGACAUAUAGUGGUUGAAUUGAGUGAUCUUGACAAUGAGCUCCUAGUUAAGCUUGUUGGUGGAGAUCUUGUUGAAACAGUUGUUGCCCAUGAUGUUAUUGGUCGCUUGAUGAUUCAAUGUGCUCGACAGCCUGGCCUUGCUCAGAUAUGGGAAGAUAUUCUUGGUUUUGAAAAUUGUGAAUUCUACAUUAAAAGAUGGCCACAAUUGGUGGGUAUGCAGUUUGAUGAUGUAUUAAUUAGUUUUCCUGAUGCCAUUCCUUGUGGCAUUAAGGUGGCAUCCAAUGGUGGAAAGAUCUUUUUAAAUCCAUAUGAUGGCUAUGUUUUGCAAGAGGGAGAUGAAGUUCUCGUCAUAGCAGAGGAUGAUGAUACCUAUGCUCCCACGACCUUACCACAGGUCAAGGAAGCAUCAUUCAUAGAUGUUACUCGGCCACCAAGAAAGCCACAGAAGAUUCUACUUUGUGGAUGGAGGCGGGACGUUGAUGAUAUGAUUGUGGUCUUGGAUGCCUUUCUAGCACCUGGCUCAGAAUUAUGGAUGUUCAAUGAUGUUCCAGAGAAAGAGAGGGAGAAAAAACUUAUUGAUGGGGGUCUUGACAUUAAUCGGUUGGAAAAUAUAUCACUUGUUCACCGCGAAGGAAAUGCUGUGAUUCGUCGCCAUUUGGAGAGCCUUCCAUUGGAGACAUUUGAUUCUAUUUUGAUUCUUGCUGAUGAAUCUGUGGAGGACUCCGCAAUUCAAGCUGACUCACGAUCCCUUGCUACAUUGUUGCUUAUCCGAGAUAUUCAGGCAAGGCGCCUCCCUUUUAGAGAAUCCAUGCCCACCCAUGCUAACAGCAGGGGGAGCCAUUUUCAAAGUUCAUGGAUCGGAGAGAUGCAGCAGGCUUCAGAUAAUUCAGUGAUUAUAAGCGAGAUUCUUGACCCCAGGACUAAGAAUUUACUUUGCAUGUCAAGAAUCAGUGACUAUGUUUUAUCAAAUGAGCUCGUCAGCAUGGCACUUGCAAUGGUUGCUGAAGACCGCCAAGUGAACAAAGUUCUAGAGGAGCUCUUUGCUGAGGAGGGAAAUGAGAUGCAGCUACGGCAUGCAGAUCUUUAUGUUCGUGAAGAAGAGGAAUUGAGCUUUUAUGAAAUAAUGUUGCGAGCACGACAAAGGAAAGAGAUUGUUAUCGGUUACCGUCUUGCCUCGGCUGAGCGUGCAAUCAUUAACCCAACCUCCAAAGAAGUUCGAAGGAGAUGGUCAGGCAAGGAUGUUUUUGUUGUAAUUGCAGAAAAGGAAUGAGGUAAAAUAGUGAAAGAAUUAUCUACCUCAAAAGGAAGAGAGAAAGAGGAGGGAGGGAGAAUUCCUUCCUGGCGUGUACAUGCAUCUCUCUCUAUCUCUCUCUCAUGUAGCUCUUGGCUAAGCACAUGGAAUCGGCAUUAGAAAGCUUGGAGUUGUAUGUGUAUGAGAGAGAGAGAAAAGUCUUUUCAUUCACCACGCAUGGAAUGAGAAGUGAGAGCAGGAUAUUACCAUUUGUACAGUUUUUUUUGUAUUUUAUUUUUGUUUAUUUGUAAUUUUGUAUUCACAAGAAUAUAAGAGAGAGAGAUAUACGUGAUAAAUAAGUCUGGUAGAGAGAGUGAU